CGGGCAUGCGACAGCUGCAAGCGGCGCAAGGUCAGGUGCGACGCGUCGAUUCCCUGCGCCAAUUGCCGCAUCUCGCACCUCGACUGCGCCUACACAAUUCCCCAGAGGAAGCGCGGUCCCCGGAUGCUCCCACGGUCGCCCAUCCAAGCGUCGCCCGCCCCCCAGACACCGGCAAGCAUGCCCCCCACGCCGACGAUGGCCCCCACGCCGAUGAUGACGGUAACGACGGCGGACGGCUUCGCCUCGUGGGAGCCUGCCGAUGUCGACUUACCCGCCAUCGCAUCUCCCGACUCGGCCCGGUCGCCGCGCGGCAUCCAGGAUGGCCUCGCCGUGUCGCUACAGGCCGUCCUGCCGUCGCUGAAUCUAUUGCAAGUAGUCACUUACUGCAUCGACCUGUAUAUGCAGUACACUUUUCCCACCGCUCCCCUUGUGCACGAGCCCACGCUGCGCGCCAAUGCCGCUCUAUUCUUCUCCGACGCGCUCCCCAACCCCCAUCACGAUGCCGCCAACGAGCAAGAGCGAGUGGCUCUCUUGAGAGGCUUCGCUCUGGUUACCGCCGUCUGCGCGUCCGUUGCGUCGGUGAUGCCCAACUCGCUAAUCCCGUACCGCCAUCUCCUUGUGAAGCCUUUUCUCCACGCCUCCCGGGAAACCUUGAGGUCCUUCGAGGACUAUGACCUUGAGCACCCGAACUCGGCUUCCAUGGUCAUCCGUGUCUUCCACUCCACUGCCCUUCAGCACAUGACGGGGAAGCACGGCGCCGCAUGGCACGUCCAGGGCCAAGCCACCCUCAUUGCCCAGACGCUCCACCUGUACAGCGAGGAGAGGCUACCCCGUGUUGACCCUGUGGAAAGCAAGUUGCUGCGUCUGAAUUUCUGGCACAUGUAUGCUUCGGACCACGUGGCUGCCGCUUUCCGAGACCGCACAGCCCUGCUGCUCGAACCUCUCUUCUAUGGAGGGUUGACCCUGCAGCCUGACUCUGGCCAAGAGGCACCGUUGGUGGACCCCAGCAAGCCUUGGUAUGAUGAAGCAUUUGAAGAUCGCCUCUUGGCUGGCUUCCAUCUCUUUCGACGCGUCUCGUUGAGCGCCGCUAAACUGGUCCUGGAAAUACGAAAGUGUGCACAGGUUCAAGGAGAACAGGACAGGGCACGACUCGCGCAGGACUACUUCGAAUACACAGGUCUCUUGGACGAUCUCCCUCACUGGCUGUAUGUGUCCAACCUGGAGACGUCCGAUGACGAUAGCGAGGGUGUCAGAUUUCAAAAGCGGUCUUUCUGGGUCCAGAGAUGCACCAUCCUCGUAACAUUCCAUUGCUUCAGACUGGUUAUUUUACGACAAAGUACCCAGAGUAGGAUGGCGGACAUCACGGGGCUGGCCGACGAUCCUCUCGUCUUGUCCAUGAAGAACAUUGAGAUGAUCUCGGAUUUCCUUCAGACGUUAGAUGACAUUCCAUUCAUUUACCUCCAAGUAAAGGGGGAGCCAACAGUUGAACGAAUCCGGCGAGUAGGGACCAUUCUCCUCGAAUUGAGGCUAACCACCAGCAACGAUGCGAUCAGAAAACGCGCUAGAACCUACGGACGAAGACUUCUGGACAUUUUGGCAAUGCUCAACUCCAAAGCAUCCGAUGAUCUCGAU